ACAUACUGAUCAGCUGUCUUUGGUUGUUUCUGAAUAUAAAACGAAGUAGUAUACUAAAUGGGGAGCCAACCUACUUACAUGUGUGGUCAAAACUUUGACUUUGCGGGCUUUAUACCGCUAGUUCGCGAAGUAUACCAUUUCAUGGAAAGGGAUUUCUGUUAUCUCCGGAGGCAGUUACCCUUCUGCGUCUUUCAGCACGCAAUGACUGAAGCCUUGUUAGUCCACAUGUUGCAAGCGAAAAGGUGCCAGGUUCCUGGUUUUCAUGAUCUUGGUUAUUUGCCAUCUUUUUCUUGGAAAAUCCCAUUGCCUAUUUAUGAGUACAUCGUUGGGAUCGGUGCCCAAAAGACGGUAUGUGGCCAAGAAGUACACUGGAACUGGCCGGAUGCAGCAGUUCCCCAGAAGGCGAUUGAGGGCCCAAUACCCUGUCGAUCCGGAACUUUCGGGAUACCCACAGCGGCGAAUCACAACGCCUACGAGUGCUACAUAUCCCCAUAUAUAACCUCAGAGUAUGUAAAGCAACAGGCCAAGGUCACCGAGGACACCAAGAACUUUGACUGGGAUCCAUUUCCAACCGGAUGGUUGUCCGCCAAUUGCGAAGUCAACGAAAACCUCCUGGGAUAUAGACGAUUGGAACACUUUCAACUUGAAGCUGCAAAUAUAUGUUUAGACUGUGAAUUCGAAGAUCAUAGCGGGGUAUUAGGACUCCUUUGCCACAGUUUAUAUGCAAUUAGCAAAUCAUCCUCAGUUGUUGAUCGUCUUGUGAACAUAAAGUCCGUAGAGAUGAGGUUUGAAGUAAAGAGAAAUAAUGCUGCCUUCAUAAUUUCGGAGUUCAGGGAACGCGAAGGAAGUGAAAUAAUACUAUGGAGAGAACCUUCCACAAAAUGUUCCCCAUUUUCAUUUGACGAGAAUGCCCAUAACAGAAGUGAACGCCUUGUCUACAAACGAAAGAGAAAUAAGGAGGCGCCAGGAGCAUUUGCCCUAUGCAACGGACAGUUAAUUGAUGGGUGGUUGGAAACCAUCAAUGACAACUUUGAAUGUACUGGAUCAUUUGGCCUGCGGAAGUUUAAGGAUAGAAAAAGUCUCAGGGAGGAAAAUCAUAUGGCGUCAUCUAUAUCUAUCCCCUCACAGGCCAUUUCUUCUUGGUUGGGUAAAAGCUUCUUAAAAAAUAUUCUUUAAAUAAAUCAUUUUGUAUCUAUCUAUGCAAAACUAUCUGACUUUCGCAGAAAAGCUUUUAUGCCUAUUUUCAAAAAUGUGUAUUUUAGUUUUAUACAAGAUUGUUAACAAAACAACAAGAAAUUAUAUCUCCAACCCACUUACAACUCCAACUAUUGAAAUUUUAAAAAUAUGUUUGAAAAGACCCUAAUUUUUCUUAUACGAUCUGUGGAUAAAGAAAUAAGCCAACGGAUUGUAAUUUAAUUUACCAACUAAAUAUUUUAUAUAGUCUGUUAAAAUA